UCUUGUGUUAUAGCAAAAAACGAAAAGAAGUGAUUUUUUCAUAAAAAGCUAGGAAAAAUAUAAAUUUUGAAAAAAAAAAUUUGUGAAAUUAAAUACCUAAUUUUCAAAAAAAAAAAAUUAAUUAUCGUAGAUAUGAAGAUAAAAAUUCUUUUAUCGUUACUCGGAUUUUUUACAUUAAUAUCAAUUGGUCAAGGAUUAUCUCUUAGAAGAUCAGAGAGGAUUGCUGAAAAAUUUCCAGUUUUCGAAUUAUUAAAUGAAACGGCUUUUGAUAGGAAUUUCAAAGGAAAUCAUACGAAUGUUUUGAAUAUAUUAAAAUUAAAUUAUCAAGAAAAAUUGAAAACUCUGCCACGGAUUAUUGAAGAUUUCAUCAUUACAAUUGACAAUAAUGAUGACGAUUUAUCGAUCAAAAAUUCGGACGUGUCACCAAAAAAUUUAAUUUUACUUUUUAUUCAAGAUGAUGAAUUAAAUGGGGAUAAAAUUUGGAACGAAUUAAAAAAAUCUCACAUUUUUCCUGUUCAGGGAUUUCUUCAAAAUUGUCAGAAUGAGAAAAAAUUUAGUAGAUUUCCACUUGAGGAGAGCAUGAAUUCAGACGAUUUAUUAGAAUGUGAUUGUCAAAAUUUUUUACAAAAAAAUGUUAGAAAUUUAUUGGGCUGGAGUAAUUGGGCAAAACUUAUAAUGUCCAGUGAUGAAACAAAAGAAAAAUUUAAAAAAAUUGUCGAAACUUUUGGAAUUUUUGCAUCUUUAAAUUUGAAUUCCACAAUUCCACCUUUACUUGCGAGAGAGUCUUCAAUUUUUCGCAAAGUACUAUUUGGCGAACAGUCCGCAUUAGAAAAUAAUUGGCAAUUAUUGGAUUUGACUAAAGAGAAAACUAUUUCCCAUACGUUUGCAGGAGAUGAAGAAUUAACGAAAUUUUUUUCAUCAUUUUCAAUGUUAAGAAUUGCCUUUUAUAAAAAAUGGCUAAAUUCCUUGUUUAUUGGUAAUGAAAAAAAUGAUGAAGAUCUUAAUGGAAAUUUAUUGGAAUUAGUUAAAGACACUAUUGGAAAAAUAAAAUCAUUGUCUUAUGAUGAAAAUUUUAUUUUUAUUGCCUUUUCACCUGUCAAUGAAUUAGCGGAGGCUAUUGAUUAUUUAAAAUAUAGGGUAUCUGGAUUCGAUACAUUGUUACUUGUGUCAGGUACUUGCUCUCGAGAAAGAAAAGUGGUUCCAUUUUUUGCACGUGGUCCUGGUUCGAAAUAUUUUCAUGAAGCAAAUUCAAUUUGGGAUAUUCCACAUUUAGUUAAACGAGUUGCAUCUGAUUGCAAAGGAAAUUGGUGUAAAAUGGAGUCCACUAAUGAAAAAUUGAAUCUUAAAAAGAAAGUUUUUAAAAGAACUGCUAAAAAUGAAGAUUCUGAAAGAAGGGUGGAAAGUACGACUCUAGUUAACAAUGCAACUAAUGAUGAGAUUACAAAUCCUUCUGCCAAAAACGAAAUUAAUAAUUCAACUGCUAACAAUGUCUCGAUUACUGUUACUACUAAAAUUCCAGAAUUAAAUAGUUUCUCGGCUUUGGAAAAUAAUGUUUCAGGUGUCAAUAAUUCGGCGAAUUUGACUGAAAAAUCACUUGAGAAUAAUAUUUCGGAAAUUGCUACUACAAAUAGAAUUGAUAACAAAUUCAUGGAUUUAACUACUGUUGAGAGUAUUAAAAAUAACAAAACAACUAAAUUAAGAAAAGUGAUUAUUGAGAAUAAUUCAACGGAUGUUGAAAAAAUAAUUAUUAAUGAUACUAAAGUCACGACCAAUAUUGUCAACGAUAUAAAAACAACAAUAGAAAUAAAAUCAACUACUGAGACUAAGAGUGAUGAAAAAAUUAAAAUUGAUAACAAAAUUAAUGAACAAAUUGAAUUUAAAGAAGAAAAUUUUAUGAACAAUAUUACAAAUGGAAAAAAUGAGUCAGAAAAAAUUGCAGCUCUUUCAAAGGCAUCAUUUUUCUCAAAACAAACAUCGACCAUUGUAAUUAGCGUUUCAACGUCCUUCAUCGCUCUCUUACUUUUUUAAUUCUAAAAACUUUCUAUUUAAUUUGCUUUUUUUCAUGAAAGUUUUUUUUUUGGUUUUUCUUUUUUUUCAAACAAUUUUAAUUUUUUUCAGUAAAUUUAUAUUUUUUAUUUAGUUCAAUUUUUUUUAUUUCUAAUUUUUAAAAAUUUAUUUUUCACAAUUAAUAACAUAUUUCAUGUUUUUAAUUUAUGAAACAAAUAUUUUGUUGACGAACAUUAACUUUUUUUUGAAUUCUGUGAAAAAAAGGAAAAAAAAUUAAAGUUUAAUAAAACAAGAAUGA